AUGGAGGCCAGGCCUGGCUUGGGGCUGGGGCCCCUGCUCCUCUUUUCCCUCUGGGGGGUCACAGCUCCAGCUGCCCUCCUCAGACGCCUGGGGGAGCACAUUCAACGAUUUCAGGGGAGUUCUGGCCUGGGCCUGGCUCCUGGGGCUGCGGUCUUUCCCAAAGAGGGGUGGCUGGAGCAGCCCCUGGACCCCUUCAACACCUCCGACAGACGGUCCUUCCUGCAGCGAUACUGGGUGAACGACCAGCACUGGGCUGCCCAGGACGGCCCCGUCUUUCUGCACCUGGGAGGCGAGGGCACCCUCGGGCCUGGCUCUGUCACCAGAGGGCACCCCGCAGCCCUGGCGCCUGCCUGGGGGGCCUUGGUGAUAGGCCUGGAGCACCGAUUCUACGGGCUCAGUAUACCCGCAGGGGGCCUGGACACCGCCCAGCUCCGUUUCCUGUCCAGUCGCCAUGCGCUGGCUGACGUGGCCUCGGCCCGCCAGGCGCUGUCUCGCCUCCUCAACGUCUCCUCCGCCAGCCCCUGGGUUUGCUUCGGAGGUUCCUACGCCGGCUCCUUGGCCGCCUGGGCCAGGCUGAAGUUCCCGCAUCUCAUCUCCGCCUCCGUCGCCUCCUCCGCCCCGGUGCUAGCCGCGCUGGAUUUCUCCGAAUACAACGACGUGGUUUCCAGAAGUCUAACGAACGCGGGCAUCGGAGGAUCCCAGGAGUGCCUCGCGGCGGCGUCCGCGGCCUUCGCUGAAGUGGAACGUAGGCUGCGUGCGGGCGGGCCGGCGCGGGCGGCGCUGCGGCCGGAGCUGGGCGCGUGCGGGCGCCUGGGCAGCGCGGCUGACCGCGCGGAGCUGCUCGGGGCGCUGCAAGCCGUGGUGGGCGGCGCGGUGCAGUACGACGGGCAAGCGGGGACGCCGCUGGGCGUGCGGAGGCUGUGCGCACUGCUGCUCGCGGGCGCCGGGCGCCGAGCCUCCGCGCCCUACGGCGGGCUGCGCCGCGCGGUGCAGAUCGUCACGCGCAGCCUGGGCCAGAGGUGUUUAAGCUUCUCCCGAGCAGCGACCGUGGCACAGCUGAGGGCCACAGAACCACAGGUGUCCGACUUGGGUGACAGGCAGUGGCUGUACCAGACGUGUACCGAGUUCGGCUUCUAUGUCUCCUGUGAGGGUGUGUCGUGCCCCUUCUCGGCGCUCCCAGCACUGCCCUCCCACCUGGAUCUGUGUGAGCAGGUGUUUGGACUCUCGGCUUCUUCUGUCACCCAGGCCGUGGCCCAGACAAAUACCUACUAUGGUGGCCAGAGCCCCGGUGCCACCCGCGUGCUGUUCGUUAAUGGAGACAUAGACCCCUGGCAUGUGCUGAGUGUGACACAGGCCUUGGGACCCUCAACACCGGCCCUUCUCAUCCCUGGGGCCUCCCACUGCUCAGACAUGGCACCCGAGAGACCUUCAGACUCCCCCAGCAUCCGCCACGGGCGCCAGAGCAUCUUCCUGCAGCUGCAGGCCUGGCUCGGGCCAGCCAAGGAGAACCAGGAUGCAAGCUGA